AUGCCAUGUUACAAUAAAGGAAAAUUGAAUGCACUACAUUCCUGUUCAUAUCACGAGCCCAGCACUAGCGAUGACAAACGCGAAGAGCCGGCUACCUCGCUGCCGGACACCUCCACCGCGACACUCCUUCUGCUCGCCGAGGUCGGUGAGCGUGCUGAUGAGGACGCCGAGGAGGCCGGGAGCAGUGGGGCGUCGCCUGUGGCGCCGGCCACGGGCAUCGCCGGUGGCCGACGAGGCGUCAAGCAAGUCGGCGUGGAUGCAGAGCAGCAGGCCGAGGAGAACAUGCCGCCAAAGGGGGCGGCUGUAGGGAAGCUGCCGACAGGGGAGCAGAGGACAAUGGAGCCAACAAGGAAGCUGUCAGCAACGGAGAUGUUAGUGGGGGAGCCGACAAUAGGGGAGAAGUCCGCUGAGACGCCGGCUUUGGUGCAGCAGGACGCCGAGGACUGUGCAGCCGGCGAAGCUGAAGGGGAGCAGUCGGACGCCGGGCAGUCCACUGACAGUGAUGUGGUGGAGGUCAAGCCCGGGCCACGGCGUACAGGCCAAAUUCGGAGGGCGCCCGACUUCUUCGUCCCGGCCGCCUUCACCACGGCGUAUGACAUCGACGACGACGACCUGGCGUACGAUGACGCCGAGGAGGAUGAGGACCUGCCGGAGCUCGACCCUGACAUGCACGCCGACCCCGAGCACCGUUGGGAUAUCUCCACGAUGACGGUGAAGGAGGCGCUGGCGAGCUGGAAAGGCAAGGCUGAGCUCGUUGAGCGGCCUCCCGGCGUCAACAUCAUGAAGAACCGGUGGGUGCUGAUGACGAAGUACCGCAUCGACGACACCGUAGAGCGCGAGAAGGCGAGGCUGGUCGUGAAAGGCUUCACGCAGGUGUAUGGCACCGACUACGACGAGACGUACGCGCCGGUGAGCAGCUACGUCACGCUGAGGAUUUUCCUCAGCAUCGUCGCCGUCCUCGACCUCAACCUGAUGCAGCUGGACAUGAAGAACGCCUUUCUGCAGAGCAAGCUCGACCGGGUGCUCUACAUGUCCCAGCCGGACUACUUCAACGACGGGACCGGCCGGGUGUGCAAGCUGCUGAAGAGCCUCUAUGGGCUGAAGCAGUCGCAGCUGCUAUGGUACAAGGCGCUCAACGACGUGCUGGUAGGCGCCGGAUGGAAGAAGAGCCACGUCGACGAGGCUUUGUACUUCAAAGUCGGCGUCGACAAGGUGGCCAGUUGGGUGCUGGUCUACGUUGACGACCUGCUCGCCGCCAGCAGCAGCACCGCGAUGCUGAGGGAGCUGAAGGAGCUGCUGGAGGCCGCCUUCGAGCUGCGCGAGAUUUCGCCAGUGCAGAAGUACCUCGGCCUGGAGAUCUUCGCGGCGACGACGACGAGGACGAACAUCACCUUUGCCUGCAGCAAGCUGGGGAGCGGCCUCACGGUGAGGAGCGACCAGCACUGGCGCGAGGUCGACUGCUGCCUCGCCUACCUCGCCAACACGCGCGACACCGCCCUGGAGUACGGCGGUGGUCCGAGGUUGCUGGAGCUGGUCGGCUAUGUGGACGCCGACGACGCCGGCGACAAGCAGAACCGGACGAGCACGGGCGGCUACGUGUUCGUCUACGGAGGGGCCGCAGUCUCCUGGUCGAGCCAGCGCAUCAAGUGCGCGACGCUCUCGUCGACCGAGUCGGAGUACGUGGCGGCCACCGAAGCCGGGAAGGAAGGACGCCGACUUCGCUUCCUCCUCGCAGAGUUCCAGCAGCUGGACGCCGGGAAGCCGACUGUCCUUUGGGUGGACAACAAGUCGGCCAUCAUAGUGGCCGGGGGCAUGGGGUUGACGGGCAACCUCAAGCACAUGGAGCGACGUCAGGCCUGGCUGCAGCACAUAGUGAAGCGCGAGAAGUUCGCGUUGAGGUACAUCCCGACCACCGAGCAGCCGGCCGACUUCUUGACGAAGGCGCUGCACUACCCGGCCUUCAACCGGUGCUCCGUCGCGAUCGGCCAAGUGCGCCUGGCCCAAGUCGGCGACGACGACAACGAAGUGCAGCUCACGGCGUCCUGGGCGUCUGGACGCCGACUUGGGCGUUUGCUCGGCAUCCUGGGUGCGUGGACGCCGACUUGGGCGUCCACUCGGCGUCCGACUUGGGCGUCUGCUCGGCGUCCUGGGAGGCUGGACGCCGACCUGGACGCCAGGACGCCGACCCUGGGAUGCCGGGUUUGGUGUAGCUGGCGACCGACUGGGCUGGACGACCAGGCGGGGUUGCCCGGUCGUCCGGGAUACCCGGGCGACGUGUGCGAAAGUCGCCGGGAUGGUUUCUGCGAAGGCGACCUCGGGGGUGGUAUCCCGAGGUCGACGUGGCUGGCGGGCGCAGUUGCUGGCGUGGAGUCUACUAGGCAUCUGCGCUGUGCUCGUGACGAGGUGUGGAGCACCAACCAGCUGCACGCACCUGCGAAGCAGGUGCACCGUUGUCCUGCGGUUGAGGCGGGCAUCGUGGACACCUUGGAGGCAUGGCUGGAGGAUGCGAGGAGACGCCAUGCGGCGAACGAGUACGGGACUCUCCCGCUGGCGGUCGUCGAGGCUGGCAUCCGCGCCGUGUGGGCGAUGGAGCACCCCUCCCGACCGGCGUCUCCCCGACCGGUGAACAACGCAGGCGGCAUCGACGUGGGCGUCAACACUGGUGACCAGGUCGGCAGCAGUGCGGGAGGCACGUCGAGGCCGAGGGGAGUGAUUCACGCCGGGGAAGACGGCAGCGUUCAGGCGCGAGGAAUGCAGUCGUCGGCGGCUGUAGGGGCCUUGCAGGGCGAUGUUGGAGGCCGACGAAGCGGAUUGGCGCCGAUGUCGGCGACUCACGUGACGGCGGGAGGGAUCGCGCCGAGCUACGGCUACUUCAAGUUUACACCGGAUAGGAUCUCGGUCACCCCCCUGCUGGUCGGUCGCCCCGACAUCCUCACCUGGAAGGAAGCCAUCGAGCCUCAGCUGGAGAUGGCCGGGCUGAUGGGCUUCGCCGCCGGCACCGUGGCAACGCCGUCGGAGAACUACCCCGACCUGCGUGCGGAGUUUCGCGUUGUGCAGCUGCUGACCUUCACGGUCAUUUCGCGGUGCUGCUCGCCGGGCGUGCAGAUCGCCUUGAAGCCGUGUAGGGACUACCUGGACGCCGGCCACCAGGCGUGGCACUUCAUCGAGUCGACGUACCAGGUCACUGACGACCUGUACAUCGGCCAGCUCGAGGAGCAGAUGACGCAUCUGCGGAUGGGCGACCAGGAGACUGCGACCGAUUACUGCAACCGGGCUCGGCGACUUCUCGCCACCAUGAGGAUGUCCGGCGUGCAGUACUCCACGGCGUCGUAUGUCACGCACGUCCUGAAGGGACUCCCAAGCAGCUACAACCUGCUGAAGCGGCUGUCGGUGGUGCCGAGCACGCGGGCAACGCUGAACGAGGACUCCCUGACCUCGUACAUCCUGCGGGACGAGGCGAUGCAGGAAGUUGAGCAGUCCUCGGAGCUCCUGCCGCAGGUGAACUACGCCGCCCUUGCGAAGCAUAGUGGCCGACCGGGACAGCAUGGUCAGCCUGGCGGCAGAGGUAGCAGUGGCGGGAAGCCGGGGAGGGAUGCCGACACGACGAAGUCGGCCAAGGACGGCGGUCGCGGAGGGGGAGGUCGGCGUCGGGAGAGGUGGAUCUGUCACAACCCCGACCACCUCUCCUUUGAAUGCCCCGACCGUAGUGAGUCCGAUGACGACGACGCCAGGGGAGGGCGCGGAAGGUCGGCCAGCCGUCGUCCACGUCGGGGAAGCAGGCCGCGCAAGGAGAAGCAGUCGAACAAGUCGACCUCGGCGAAGGACGCCGACUCCUCUGCUAGCGGCAAGGGGCGAGGCGACGGGGAGGCGUCGUGCUCGCUGGUCGGCGUCGUGGAGCCGACCGUCUCGCUGGCGCCGGAGGCCGGCGAGGACUUCCAGGCGGUGGCAGCAGCCGUGCAGGUGAACCCGGGGAUAGUCCUGCUUGUCAGCAGCUGCUCACAUCACCUGAUGGGGACGAAGGAGGUCUUUGUCGACCUGUAG